GAGAAGGAGUAGUAAAGUGGAGGAUAGAAAGAGAGAAGAUAAUUGUGUGAAAGAGUCAAGUGAAGUUUAUAAUAUGACCAGGUCAAUUGAGUGUCUUUAGAUGCACUUGAAGAGGAUUUGGAGUGGUUUCUACAUUGGCUGUUAGUUACCUGUGUUAUGAAGCAGCUCGUUGGGGGAUAGCUGAAAAUAUUGAAAGUAUUUUAUUACAACUUGUAGAACAAGGGACUCAUAUCUGGCAGGUUAUUUUCCAUCAGUACACAGCCUGACACUUGUAGGUGUUCUAUUCAUUUAUUGUUAGAGUAUCUAGGAGGAUCCAAGGACCUCUGCCUUUUGAUACUGCGCCUAAUUGCCUUCGGACACUUUUGAGGACCGUUUGUUGAGGAGAAUUGAUUAUGGCCAGUUUCCUGUACUUUAUCCUUCCGGCCCUAGGGGGCUACACCCUGACGUCGCUUUACCUGUUGAAGAACCCUCAGAUCCUCCACAAGAAGAAACGGGCUGCCUUCCACUGCACCCACAUCUCACACAGAGGAGGAAGCGGCGAGAGGAUAGAGAGCACCAUGGAGGCUUUCACACAUGCGGUGGAGCAGGGUACAGGAAUGCUGGAGCUGGACUGUCACCUGACCCUGGAUGGUCAUGUGGUCGUGUCACAUGACGAUAACCUCCUGAGGCAGACUGGCCAUGAUGUCACCAUCUCCUCCCUAAACCUAGAGGACUUACCCUUGUAUAAGGACAGACUGGAGGUCACGUUUAAUGAAGGCCGCUACAGCACCGGAACAGACAGGAAGUUCACCCUGUUGGAGGAAGUGUUCAGGAAGUUCCCUAAGAUGCCAGUCAACAUCGAAAUCAAAGAAGACAACAGCUUGCUGAUGGAGAAAGCGUCCAACAUGGUGAAACAGUAUGAUAGAGAGGACCUCACAGUGUGGGCGACUGAAGACUCUACCAUUAUGAAAAAGUGCCGCAGAACUAACUCCACCAUGCCCUAUAGUUUCAGUAUGAGACGAGGGCUGCAGCUGCUCCUCCUUUACUACAGCGGCCUGCUGCCCUUUGUACCGCUGGGGGAGAGCUUCCUGCAGUUCUACCUGCCCCGCAUCAUUAACAGGACAUAUAUUCCUGAGGAGCGUCUUCUGAAGAACAGAAUGGUCAUCUAUCUGAUAGAAAAAUUAACGAUGAGGAAGAGUCUAUUCAAACAUCUGGCCAAAAGAGGAAUUCAGGUGCACCUGUUCGUCUGCAACGAGGAUCCUGACAUCGAGGCGGCGUUCAAAGCAGGAGCCACAGGCGUCAUGACAGACUACCCCACCCUCCUGACUGACUACCUACACAGACACAGGAGUCAAGACUGACAGCCCAAACCUCCAAUCAAACUACUAAUUCACAAACAGGUUCUUAACUGACAGCUCAAGCUACCUAUCAAGAGACCUCCACUUGAACAUUGUGUAUCACAGAAAGAACCACACUGAAAUCUCAAUUUUCCUUCACAACUCCGGUCUCCACCAAUGAGCAAAAGGACAGAUCUGUGAGGAAGUUGCCCGAAAAGCACAGAUCCAAUACCAGCGUAACUUUCCCAAAUCCCAACCUUAACCAAUAGAGGGAAAAACACAUAACCAAUCUCUGAUCAAUGUCUUUAGGCAACUUCAUUCCAUCUACACAAAAGGAUGUCACUUACACUUACUGUCUUUUGGUUAAUGGAUUGUGGCCAUAUAUUGAGAGACUGUUCACCUCUCUCUGCAGCCUUCCCAAACCCUAAUCUACCAGUGACUGUCUGGAUGUUGUUGGGAGGAGAAGUGAUUUCUUUAAGUCUAUAUCCUUGACGUUCUCUCAUGGUAUUAUGACAUUUACAUAAUGGAACUGACUUUUGGGGUAUUUAUGACAUGCUAUACAAAUUGUAUGUUUAUCAAUGCAAAGAUGUUUUAAGCAUUCAAGACCAACUUCCAUUUGUUUAUACCACUGGAAAAUAAUGGCUUCCAACACACACAGUAUUUAUGUAUUUACUUGCUUCACUUCCUCAUUCUCUCAGCCCAGGCCAUGGUCAAAGUCCGCUCACAGUUCUUAACAAUAAUCUACCAGCCAGUCAGGUCCCAGUGGGAAACAAAGGCUGCACUUUCCUGACCUGGUUCUCUGCAGUAUAGCAAAUAGGUUAAAAUAAUAAGUAGAUCAAUUCAAACAACUCUUUAGAGACCUGGUAAGAGAUUAAGACCUUGUCCUUUAGAUUUCCGAGAAAUAAGCCUUCUGUGACACACACAGCAGCCACAAUGAAUAAGAGCUGGAAACACAGGGCACUGGACUGGUUCAUCUAAAUCUAGAUAAGAAUUUCAGACUUGAGAGUGGAGCACAAGUCAGAUCUUUAGCUAAUGUAAAUUUCUAAUCAUGUUCAUGUAUAAUGAUUUAAUUCUGUUUUUAGAACAAUAAUUUCCCCCAGAGUUGCAUUUGCUUCAUUGUUUUCAUUUUUGUUUGUGGCUUUGAUGGUAUGCCCAUCUAACAGUGGCUAUAUUAGUAGGCCUACUGCCAAUGUUGUGUCAGCACUACUGCCUGUGUCUAAGUUUAACUUAGAGUGGAUGCGAAUGUCAGAAGACUCAAGCCUGGUGUGGACGUAGUUCUGGGCACCACUCGCCCCAUGGUGGGGGUGAGUUGGCGGCACGAGCAGUGGUGUGGGCUGGUAUGGAUAAAACGCCAGGGUCGAAUUCUUGUCCCAGUCCAUCCCUGCGGCCCAGCUCACUAAUAAUCACCUAUUUUUUUAUUUAUUUUUGACAGCGAGGACAUAUGACCUUGUUCAUCCAGUGGCUUUAUUAUUAGGCCUACAGUUUAGUUAUUGUGUUAUGUAGCAAGUAAACUGUAGCUAGUAUACUGUAUUGAGCUACAGUAUCAUAUCCAUAGAAUUAGGAAUUAGAAUAAUUUUAUAGGAUCUCUGAUCUUUCUCAUGCGUGACCAAGGACAACAUGGACAGGAUUCAGAUGACUUCUACAUAGCUUAACCUAACGUAGCAUGUGUAGUAGAAAUGCCUGAAACGAGUUCCCCUACAUACUGGUCUUGACGAGAGAAAAAAAACUUGUCGGGGGAGGUUCUCUUCUGCACUGUUCAACCAAUCCAGUAAAUGUGGAGGAGGAGAACAGAUGGAGUGUCGCCCUACCUCAGUGGAUUAGCCUUGUUAAAGUCCAAAAGAGGAAGUUGAGUCACAGGCUCUGUUUCCAUUUCCCCUGAAACCCGGAACAUCUGGUUGUUGGGGACUCAGCAGAGAUACUUAGAAAGUAGAAGAUAGGAAUCCCAGUGGCCAAUGAAUGGUGAAACGUAUAAUGCCCCACUAGCAGACUGUUGGCCAAUCGCGUUCACGUUGUCAUUCUGCGUCAUGCGGUUGCUAAACUAAUCGUCAAGCAAUCCCUUCUAAAAGUCAGGGUAUGACGCCACAUUCAUGUGCAAGUCGGACCUAAGAAACUCGGACAUUUCCGACUUGCUAACUGGCUGUAGUUAUAUACUUACCACGUUCAACGAAUCAGCAAGUCGGAAAUGUCUGUGUUUCCUAGUUCCGUUUAGCAUAUGAACAGUACCGCCGUAUGAGUCAUAAUACCCAUAAAACCUUGCAGUGAAACAAAGAAAUGGUUCCAAUCGUUUUUCCACUGUUAAUUUUUCCCAUAAGUGAUUUUAGAAAUACUUAAGUAAUUUUUUUGUGGUAUCUGUACUUUACUAUUUCCAUUUUUGACAACUUUUACUUAACUACAUUCCUAAACAAAAUUCUGUACUUUUUACUCUAUACAUUUUCCCUGACACACACUUUCUUAGGACAGAAGAUGGUCCCAUUUGCACUCAUAUCAACAGAACAUCCCUGGUCAUCCCUAUUGCCUCAUCUGGCGGACUAACUAAACACAAAUGCCAUGUUUUUAAAUACUGUUGGAGUGUGAC